AUGGAUCGAGAGAGAGAAAUGGAGCCGAUUUCAAUUUCCAUUGACUCAAUCCCGGCCUUUGUCAAUGGAGGGCCUGUUUUUCCUAUUGACUCUGUCCCGACCUUUAAUGGAGGGCCUGUUCACCCCAUUGACUCAAUCACGACUUUUAUUAAUGGAGGGUCUGUUCACCAUCACCUGGACCAGCCUGAGCACACAAUCAGCCAGAGUCUGCUGAUCUUGUGUUGUUUGACCGCCGUUUCAAGUCUCCAUUAUGAGAUCGGCGAUACCCGGUCGCUGGAGGACUUCCUGCAACGCGAAGAGGACGCCUGGUGGCCAAGGGUGGGAACCGAAGACUACAACGGCCUCCAAGAUGCACAGACUGAACAGAUCAUCAGCUGGGAAGGCUGUACCGCGGCCUUCGAGUCGACCUUCGCCCAACACGAUGGCCCAACAUUCCACGAACUGCGGAGUCAACUGCGGCACAUUCUUGAAGAGAUUGGCCAACUAGCCACCUGGCCUCCGCAGCCGGCCUUUGCAGGGCUGCGUCAAUUGACCUCCAAGCAUUUCGACUGGAAAAUGAGCCUUUGGCUCGUACUCUUCAGCUGUGCCACCACGCCUGCCACGUCACGCCUGUCCGCGGAAUUCUGGAACACCCAACAGCACGAUUUGCAGCAACUGGCCAUGUUUCUGAACACCUCGCCUCUCUUUCGGACUCCUCUUACUGUCAAUGACCUCAAAGACUGGAUCGAGAAGCUGGAGCUCGUGUUUUGUGGGCCCCGACGAGAGAAGUGA